AUGGACUCAUUCUACAAAGUGUGCAGUUUACUCCGGCUUGGCGUCGCCGCAGUUUUCGGGCCGCAGUCCGCUCAGAUAUCCAGUCACGUCCAGUCCAUUUGCGACACAAUGGAAAUACCACAUUUGGAAACGCGAUGGGACUACAAGCUGCGGCGCGAGAGUUGCUUGGUCAAUCUGUAUCCGCAUCCGACCGUAUUGUCCAAGGCGUACUUGGAUUUGGUGAAAAAAUGGGGUUGGAAGUCGUUCACAAUAAUAUACGAGAGCAACGAAGGUCUGGUUAGGCUGCAAGAACUGUUGAAAGCCAGGAACGGCGCACUUUCGGCGUAUCCGAUCACGAUCCGCCAGUUGGGCUCCGGCCGAGAUCACAGGCCACUGUUGAAGCAGAUAAAAAAUUCGGCAGAAUCGCACGUCAUACUAGACUGUUCCACCGAAAAAAUAUAUGACGUGUUGAAACAAGCACAACAAAUUGGAAUGAUGAGCGACUAUCACAGCUAUCUGAUCACGUCGCUGGAUCUUCAUACGAUCGAUCUGGACGAAUUUAAAUACGGCGGUACAAACAUCACAGGUUUCCGGUUAGUCAAUCCCGAUACACCAGUAGUGCAAAAAGUGCUGAAACAAUGGGGAGAAAAUUUCACCGUCAUGUCGACGGAAACUGCUUUAAUUUACGACGCCGUCCAUCUAUUCGCCAGAGCACUCCACGACCUGGACAGCAGCCAAAAGAUUGAUAUAAAACCAUUGAGUUGCGACGCUUCUGAUACAUGGUCCCAUGGAUAUAGUUUAAUAAAUUAUAUGAAAAUAGUAGAAAUAAGUGGUCUGACCGGCGUCAUAAAGUUCGACAACCAAGGGUUUAGGACGGACUUUGAAUUGGACGUGGUGGAAGUGAACAAAGAGGGGCUGUCUAAGAUCGGCACUUGGAACUCCAGUCAAGGGAUUAACUUCACGAGGUCUUUUGUCGAAGCGUAUUCUAGUAUCGUCGACAAUCUGCACAAUAAGACGUUGGUCGUCACUUUGAUCCUGAGUUCACCGUACACAAUGCGCCGCGAAUCCAGCCAAAAACUAGUGGGCAACGAUCAAUUUGAAGGAUACGCAAUCGAUUUGAUAUACGAAAUAUCAAAAUUGUUGGGCUUUAACUAUACGUUGAAACUUGUGCCAGACGGCCGUUACGGUUCUUAUAAUGAGGACACCAAGGAAUGGGACGGGAUGAUGGGAGAGCUUUUGCAACAGAGAGCGGAUUUAGUGGUGGCUGAUCUAACCAUUACAUACGACCGCGAACAAGCAGUCGAUUUUACUAUGCCAUUUAUGAACCUCGGCAUAAGCAUUCUGUACCGGAAACCAAUCAAACAACCACCGAACCUAUUUUCGUUUUUGUCACCACUGUCGUUGGACGUGUGGAUAUACAUGGCCACGGCGUAUCUCGGCGUAUCCGUUCUUCUCUACAUAUUAGCCAGAUUCACCCCUUACGAAUGGUACAAUCCCCAUCCGUGUAACCCAGAUCCGGAUAAUCUAGAAAAUCAGUUCUCCCUCAUGAACUGUAUGUGGUUUGCGUUCGGGUCUUUGAUGCAACAGGGCUGCGAUAUACUUCCCAAGUUUAGUCCGUAUGAAUGGGAAAAUCCACAUCCUUGCAACUCCGAAGCUCCAGAUGUUUUUGAAAACAAGUUUUCCUUGAACAAUUCACUGUGGUUUACGAUCGGCUCUCUGAUGCAACAAGGAUCUGAUAUGGCUCCUAAGGCCGUUUCCACCAGAAUAGUGGCCGGYAUGUGGUGGUUUUUUACGUUAAUCAUGAUCUCGUCGUAUACCGCUAACUUGGCGGCGUUUUUAACUGUGGAAAGAAUGGACUCGCCGAUCGAAAGCGCCGAAGACCUUGCUAAACAGACGAAAAUAAAAUACGGCGCACUUCGAGGUGGUUCGACUGCUGGAUUUUUCAGAGACUCAAAUUUCAUUACUUASCAAAGGAUGUGGUCGUUUAUGGAAUCGUCACGACCAAGUGUGUUCAUGUCUUCUAACAACGAAGGCGUGGAAAGAGUUGUAAAAGGGAAAGGAAAUUAUGCGUUUUUAAUGGAAUCCACUAGUAUUGAGUACGUGAUCGAGAGAAAUUGCGAGCUCACUCAAGUCGGAGGGCUUUUGGAUUCAAAAGGUUACGGAAUAGCGAUGCCCCCGAAUUCUCCAUAUAGAACAGCGAUUAGCGGGGCAGUGUUAAAACUUCAGGAAAUCGGUAAACUACAUAAACUAAAAACAAAAUGGUGGAAAGAAAAAAGAGGCGGUGGAGCUUGUCGGGACGAUACUUCUAAGUCCAAUAGCGCAGCCAAUGAAUUGGGUCUGGCUAACGUGGGCGGCGUGUUCGUAGUACUAAUGGGUGGAAUGGGUGUAGCUUGUGUAGUUGCCGUGUUUGAAUUCGUAUGGAAGUCUAGAAAAAUAGCAGUCGAAGAGAGGAUCAUUAAAUACCAUACGAAGUAUAGAAAAUGAGCAAUAAAAUCGUGUUAAGUUCUGGAAUCUUAAAUUCGACUAUAAUAUUGCAACAUCAAUAAAACGUCAAACUAUUAAUGUUUAUUAAUUAUAGUUGAUCGAUUUUUUUUUAAAUAUUUCAACGUAUUUGUUAUUAUGAUUUSAGCAAUAUUUAUCUUAGACUAAAGCAUAUAAUAUUACAUUGUACUCUUAAUUAACACAUUCGUAUAGUAGUACAUAAUAAUACACCAACAGUAGGAUAUUAAUUUCAACUAUAAAGGUAUAAAUAGUGGAUAUUGAUAAAAUCCUUGACGUUAAAAUAUGGCAUUUUAUUUUUAUUGUUUUAAAAAAGUUUUUUUUAUUCAAUUUUUAAAAUUUAAAAUUUGACUAUAUUUUAAAAGUCUUAUAAUGUACAAUUUACGGUUCUGUAAUUCAUUUCUAUUAAAACGUUUUAUAUUGCAAUGAAUACAUUCCAAUUUUGUAACGCAUAUAUUAAUAUACAUAUAUAAAAUAUAUAU